AUGCCUGCACCAAGGCACUCCCAGAGUGCAGAGGCGGCUCGUGCAGCAGCAGCUCAGGCCGAGUUCAAUGAAAAGAAAUGGGUCUGGGUUCCAGAUGACAAAGAGGGGUAUCUUGCAGGAUGGGUCCAUAACGAGGACGGUGAAUAUGGUGAUAUUAUAAUGGCAGCCGGAGGGGAGGCAAGUGUUCCUUUGUUUACACUGUCGAAAAUGAAUCCUCCUAAGUUCGAUCGCGUCGAUGACAUCGCAGAUCUUACUUUUCUCAAUGAAGCCAGCGUCGUCCAUAAUCUCCGUCUGCGAUUUGGAUCAGGCGCCAUAUAUACAUAUUCGGGCUUAUUCCUGGUUGCGGUCAAUCCUUAUCAAAGCCUGCCUUUAUACUCUGAUGCAAUUGUGCAUCAGUAUCGAAGUAAACGGAGGGACGAAAAUGCUCCCCACAUCUUCGCUGUUGCCGAACGUGCAUGGGUCAAUAUGGGUGAGGAACGAGAGAACCAAAGUAUUCUUAUAACGGGUGAGUCCGGAGCAGGGAAGACAGAAAGUACGAAGAAAGUUAUUCAAUAUCUGGCUGCUAUUGCUACCGACGUACAUCAAGGUCCCUCGACCCCUUCGCAUUCGCGUUCGCCUACUCUUUCUAGCUUACAGUCAUUUUCGACCAUGCCCACCACUGGUUUGCCAAGGACCAAUUCUACGAAACGUGGACAUGUGUCUACUACUUCCACGACAGGCAGUGGAUUCGCACUCACUGCAAAGGGCAGGCUUGGUCUCCUCGAAAGACAGAUAUUACAAGCGAAUCCCAUUCUGGAAGCUUUUGGUAACGCCCAAACACAGAGAAAUAACAAUUCCAGUCGUUUCGGAAAGUUCGUACGGAUAUCUUUCGCUCCGGACGGCAGUAUUGCGGGGGCAAAUAUUGAUUGGUAUCUCCUCGAGAAGAGUCGCGUCGUUGUCCGAAGUGAAGCGGAACGAAGUUUCCAUGUAUUCUAUCAUCUAUUGGCUGGAGGAUCCGAUCUCAAAGAUAAGCUACUUCUUGGAGGCGGAGUUGAGGAUUACGAAUUUCUCAACAAGAGCAGACGGGAGGUUGACGGUGUCGACGAUCGGGAAGAGUGGUAUGCUCUGAAAGCUGCACUUGAUGUAGUCGGUUUUACUGCUUCGGAGCAGUAUGAUCUUUUUCGCAUUGUCGCUGCAGUGCUACAUAUAGGAAAUAUUGUCGUCACGUCUACCCGUGCUGACGACGCGGUCAUGCCAGAUCCCUCCCAGGCAGAACGCGUCUGCCACCUUCUUGGAGUCCCGCCAGUUGAAUUUACCCGAGCCGUCCUUCGACCGCGAGUUCUUGCCGGUCGUGAAUGGGUGACUCAAGCGCGCACCGGCCAGCAGGCUCUAGAUGAACUUGCAGCAUUAUCGAAGACACUCUACGAGAAAUCUUUUGGUCUCCUAGUCGAUCGUAUCAAUCAAGCACUGGACCGACCCUCCUCAAAAUCUACCUUCAUUGGCGUUCUGGAUAUCGCCGGUUUUGAAAUUUUCGAGGUCAACACUUACGAACAACUGCUCAUAAAUUACACCAACGAGAAGCUUCAGCAGUUCUUCAACCACCAUAUGUUUGUUUUAGAGCAGGAAGAAUAUUCACGGGAAGGUAUCAAGUGGGAUUAUGUCAACUUUGGUCUCGAUUUACAACCCACUAUCGAUUUGAUCGAAUCUAGUGGCAGCGCUGGGGCAAUUGGUAUACUCAGCUGUCUUGACGAGGAAUGCAUUAUGCCUAAAGCCACCGACGCAACAUUCACGCACAAGUUGCACAGCCUAUGGGCUGGUGUAGGUGGGGAUCCAGAUGAUCCCCAGCAAAGCCAUCCUGGAAGAGAGAAGUACGAACCUGCUCGAUUUGAACAGGGUUUCUUGGUGCAGCAUUACGCCGCGAAGGUGGAAUACAGAACAGAUGGGUGGUUGGAAAAGAACAAAGAUCCGUUGAAUGAUAACCUGACUCGAGUCUUUGCCUCCUCGACCGAGCGUUAUGUCUCCUCCCUUUUUGCCGAUCACGUCAAUACUCCGAUUUCAGGAACUCAAACUAAUAUGUUCUCUGUUGGAAAGAAGCGAGGUAUCAAGAGAGGAGCCUUCAGGACUGUAGGGCAGCGACAUAAGGAGCAACUCGCAAGUCUCAUGGGUCAACUGAUGGCCACGCAACCUCAUUUCGUUCGUUGUAUUGUCCCUAAUACGAACAAGAAGCCAGGGCGUGUUGAUGUGCCUCUGGUACUCGACCAACUCCGCUGCAACGGUGUGUUGGAAGGUAUUCGGAUCGCUCGUCUUGGAUAUCCAAACAGACUUCCCUUCGUUGAAUUUCGCCAACGAUAUGAAGUCCUUACUCCUGGUAUCAUUCCGAAAGGUUACAUGGACGGUCGUGAGGCCUGUCGGAGAAUGGUCGGUGCGUUGGAGCUUGAUGAAGCGAUCUUCAAGAUUGGAAUGUCAAAAAUAUUCUUCAAGGCUGGUGUCCUGGCAGACCUCGAGGAACGCCGUGACAUGCUCCUGUUCGAUCUAUUUUCGAAAUUACAGGCAGUUGCUAGGAUGUGGACGGCACGAAGACAAAUCAAGAAAAUACUCAAUCGUGCUGUCGCUAUUCGAACGAUACAGCGUAACGCAAGAGUGUACGGUGAAUUAAGAGACUGGCCUUGGUGGCAGCUAUAUACAAAGGUUCGUCCUUUACUCGCAGCUACUCGGAGCGACGAGGAACUUCGUCGGAAAGAGGCAGAACUUGUUCUCCACAAAGAGCGAGCUGAACGUGAUAAACAAGAGAGAGAAGCCCUAGAGAACUUGAAAAUGACGCUGGAAGCAGAGAAAAACAAGGUCGAGGAUCAGCUCGAGGCGGAGAGAGCCCUUAACCUCGACAAAGACACACUUUUAGAGAGGAGCAAAAAGCACGAGGCGGAAUUGGAGGAGGAAGUCGCAGAACUCCAAGCAGAUAUCGAUGACUUACAGUCCCACCUCGACCGUGCAAUGACUAUGGCCAAAGACAGUGAACAACGUCACGCUGAGCAGCGGGACAUGUUUGACCAGGCCGCUGAACAUCUGGUCCGGCUAGAAAACGAGCAAAAGCAGAUGAGAUUACACGAAGAAGAGACCCUGGCCGAGUUGGCCAAUCAAAACGAGGAAAUCGAGCGACUACACAAUGAUCUGGAGACCCUUCAGAAAGUCAGCGAAGAUCUCAAACGAUUAGCUGUACAACGAGAGGAAGACUUAUCCCGAGCUCGAGAUCGCACUGAUAUAGCAGUGAAGGAAUUGGAAGGCAAGCUUGAGGUUGAGAUGCGAAACAAGGACAUCCUUAGGGGACGCACAGAUACUCUCGAGCUGGAGCUUCGGCAAGCCAAAGAGCAAGUUGUUGAGAUGGACCAUACUAAGAAGGACGAUCGCAUUGCUGAACUCCUACAGGAGCUUGAGCAGCUUGCUGAGAUUCUCGAACUACAGAUCGAAUUAGACGCUGAGAAAGCUGACCGUGCCCAAGGAGACCUUGAUGAACUUCGAACCCUACUCGAAACCAAAACCAGCGAAGAGACGAGGCGGAACGAGCUUACCAAUCUUCGUUCACAAGUGGUCAAGAUGCAACAGGAGCUUACGGACACUCGCCAUUCGGCUUUGGAAAUCCAGGGCAAGCUUAAAGUUGACCUUGAACAGUCUGCUCGUGAUCUAGUAUCUCUGCAGGGCUCCUAUGACAACCUAUCCACUCUAGAGAAAGGGAAGCGCGGGUUGGAGUCUGAAUUACAGUCACUUCGCUCUCAAGUCCAAAAGGCAAAAGAGGUAAGCAGACUUAACCUGUCAUUUUUAUACCCCACUGCUUAUCAUUCAUUUGCGGAUAUACAGAGCUUAGAUCGACAAUUGUCGGCUGCGCAGAAUAAGUAUCAUGGCAUUGAGGAUAGGCAACUCGAAAACAUCAAGAAACAGCUCGAAAGUGAAACUACGCGGCAUCACAAUGUGAAGGUAGACCGAGAUUUGAAUAAAGCUCUCAAGGAUUUAAAAGACCGCGAAUGGGACAUCAAGCAGCUUGAAUCGAAGCAGGAUAAGACCAUAGUUGAGCAUGUUCAUGUUCUCGAAGAAGCCAAACGAGUCACGGAUCGCCAACUCGCCGAUGCUCAGGAGGAACUACAAAAGAAUGCUGCCUACAUUCGAUCGUUGGAAAAAGCCAAAAUUAGGCUUACUAGUGAGGCGGAAGAUUUGUUGCGAGAGACGGAGCGUGAGCGGAUGGAAUUGCGGGGAAAGGAAAAAGCAGUCCGGAACCAGGAGGACCGAGUGGCUCGAGCUGUCAUAGACGUCGAACAGGAACGAAAAGCACGACAAGAGGUUGAGUUGCAAGUCCGCCGGCUGCAAUCAGAGCUCCAGAAUACCUCCCGCCACGCGGAAGAACUUUCACAACAAUUGCUCAUUACUCAGCAAUCCAAAGAAUCUUUGGAAGCUGAACUCGACCAUCUGGUUGACGAGACACCAGCCGCGGACAGUUUAGCAAAGAUACAACGUCAGUAUCAAGCGCGCAUAGUGCAACUGGAAGAUCAGGUUAGUAUGUCGGACGACGCGCGUCUAGCUGCGUUGCGAAGAUUGAGCGAGCGUAUCCAGCGUCAGCACGCAGAUAUCCGCAAGCUCAUUACGGACACCGGACCAUCAGAUUCAACGUUCCAAUCACGCUUGCUCCACGAACUUCAGCUUCUUGACGAUGAACUGAAAAGUGAUUUGUCCUCUAGAAAUGUUCCAUCCUCCAAACAUGACGCCCGUCUCUCUACCCCAUCCUCCAAAUCGAAACGAAAUCCUUCGCGGGAAGCUCCUCGAGAUAUCACAAAAUCUUCAGACGGUCAAGUCGUUGCCUUGAAGCAGCAAGUUCAGGUACUCGAGUUACAAAUGGCUGCUUCUGAACGCGUCCGGCAUCAUCUUGAGACAUCUAUCCGCGAAAUGACUGCUGAUCUUGAGAACAGUGACGGAUCCAAACAGUUCUUGCAACAGUACCGUUCUCGCCUUGCCAAAGAGAACAAGAGACUGGCAGAACUUCUCGAAGAGGAAGCUGAAGCUCGCCGUUCGGCUGAGGCUGCUCAGAUUGAUGGCAUACAAGCCGUUUGGUCGAAAUUCCAGAAGACCAUUGACGAGGAACGACAAAGUUAUGCGAGACUAGAAGAAACUCGCAAGGCUUUGCACCUGCAACAGCGCACAAUGCAAUCUGAUCUUGAAACUCAACGAACUCAACUCCAAGAAGCUUUGCAAGCCAGGAAGAUGUUACAAUCCGAAGUGGCCGAAACAAAUGCUCAACUUGAAGUCGCACGAAGUGAAAUAACAGGGCUUAAACGUCAAAUUCAUAAUCAACAAAUGGAAGAUGACAUUGCUUCAUCAACAACUUCAGCAAUGCAAGCCGAUCUCCGCGCCACCACUGAAGCCUUCAAAGCCAAGGAACAAUCAUACCAGCAACGCCUCGAAAACGCAGAAAUUGCCCGUGUGAAAGCCACGAGGGCUGAGGCAUCGGUUCGUCGAACCUUGUCAGAAAUUGAAAAGGCACAAACUGACACUGUCGCUAAAUUGAAAUCCAACGAAGACCUUCUAAGAGCCGCCCACCAACGAAUCAAGGAGUUAGACAAGAAAUUGCAGGAAGAAGGCAAUGAUUCCAUUGAUCUCGUGGAGCUCAAUCAACGGCUUGCAGAAGAACUCGAAGACGAAAAGACGCAACACCAGAAGGACCUGGAAGAACACGAGUUCGCUAGCAAUCAAACACGGAAAAAGUACCAAGCUGAGUUGGCCCAGUUAAGCGAAGAACUUCAAUCUCAACGCGACGCUCUCACCCGCCUAAGGGAAGACAAUCGCAAAAUCAGAUCUGACUAUGAUGAAUUGCAACUCCGCUUUGACGAUGAAGUUUAUAGCAGUGGCGGAUGGCGCAAAGAAAAGGAGCGACUGGAAACCAAGAUUCACGAUGUUUCCAAAGCAUACGAGGCGUCGACCGCCGCCCAGACUGAACAGCAAUCCCAAAUCGUGUCUCUCCAUUCCCAAGUUCGAGAACUUCGUGGGGUGCUGGACGAUGUCGAGGCAGAUAGGGCUUUGCUCCAGAAAGCUCGUCGAGCUCUACAAGCUGAAUUGGAGGGAAUCAAGCUCGAUCACGUCGAUACUCACAAACUUUCUACGGACCAACAGUUCCAGAAAUUGUUUCUACAAAAGCAAGAUCUGGAGAGGUCAUUGGACGAGCAAGAAGACAGAGUGGCGAAUGCUUUCGAUCGCAUGAAAAAAGCUGAAGCGUUUGCGAAUGAAUGUCAAAUCGAGCUUGGCAAGGUUCGAGUUGAUAACUCUGAACUAGAUCGUAUCAAUGCAAACCUGGAAAAUCAAGUUAAAGAACUCAACGUCCGCAUAAUCGACCUUGAAACCAAAUCUUAUGCUUCGACCUCACGACCAGCUACCCUCUCGCGCAAAACUGACAGUCGGAUUGAAGAGAUUACCAGCCAACUCACUGGUAAAGGGCACGCACAUCGAUUGUCUCGGGAUUCCAAAUUCGAUCUCGAUCGUCAGAGGGUAAAGUUGGACGAGGAAAGGAAAGGAUAUGAGAUGCAGCUUGCUACUUUGAGAAAGUCAAUGGAUGAAUUGCAUACCCAAGAUAACUUACUUCAAUCAGCCAAGCGGCGUGCAGAGCGCGAAGCAGCUGAUUAUAAACAAAAGUCACUCAAUCUUGAACGUGAAGUAGAACGGCUACGGAAUAGACUGGAUCGACCGGCUUCUGCGUUUGGUUCACCAACUAGCUCACCUCGCAAAUGA